GUUUCUGAAAACCACACUACAAAUAUCGUUUCUUCGUACAUGAAGCUGUUCCGCAUUCGACGAACUUCACCCCGAGCAACGAGGCUGAAUACGAUCCGCGAAAAUGGUGAACGUUCCCAAGACAAAGAAGACAUACUGCAAGAACAAGGAAUGCAAAAAGCAUACCUUACACAAGGUGACUCAGUACAAGAAGGGAAAAGACAGUCUUGCUGCUCAGGGGAAGCGUCGUUAUGAUCGUAAGCAAUCUGGUUAUGGUGGUCAGACCAAGCCCGUCUUCCACAAGAAGGCCAAGACGACGAAGAAGAUUGUUCUUAGGCUUCAAUGUCAGAGCUGCAAGCAUGUCUCCCAGCAUCCAAUCAAGAGAUGCAAGCACUUUGAGAUCGGUGGAGACAAGAAGGGCAAGGGAACAUCUCUCUUCUAAGCAAUUUUAUCUUCAAAAAGUUUCAUCUUUUGCACUUUUCAGAACUCGAACCAAUCUGUUUAAGCUCUCUUGAGAUUAAUUUGUUGGUCUUAAUCUUACAUGUUGGAGCUAUCCCGAGAUGGGUUUGUUAUUGAAUAGAUGUAUUUUUGUUGACAUGCUGAUGAUGUUACCAUGCCGAUGA